AUGCCCGUCGACAGCAGCGCCAUGAGGACGCCGCACUUCUGGCUGCGGGUGGCUCAGGUGGUGUUUGGCAUCAUCGCCUUUGCUCCGGUGGCGGAGGGCGCUGGCUACUCGCGCUACGACUUUGCAAUCUUCUGCGGCGUGACCACCAUGCUCCUGUCGCUGGCCCUGGCCAUCUGCUACCUGCUUGGCAUCAACAAGGUCAAGGGCCUGGUCUCACUGGUCUAUGAUGGCGUGUGGUUCAUUUUCUGGCUGUCGUGCGCCGCCGCGCUCUCCAACAUGCUUAGCUGGUCGUGGUGGGGCUCCAGCAGCCGCCUGCAGGCCUCGGUCGCCUUCUCCUGGCUGACCUGGUUCCUGUUCAUUGGCGCCGUGGUGCUGGACGUGAUGGACAUGCGCUCUGGCGGCACCGUCGUCCUCGAGGCGCCCGCGCCAGGCGGAAAGGCGGGACCGCCCACGGGCGCGGUGGCGCUGCCGGCCAGCAGCGUGAUGAUCUGCGCCAUUGUGGCCUUUGCCACCAUCGUCGACUAUGAUGACUUCUCCUCUAAGAUCCGCUACACGAUGUUUGUGGGCAUCACUGGCUUCAUCAUCGCGUUCUUCAUGCUGGUCGCAUACGCCGUGGGCGUGUCAGCGGCACGCGGCAUCAUUGCGCUUGUCCUGGAUGCCCUGUGGGUGGUAUUCUGGCUGGCCGCCGCCGCCAGCAUGUCUGACAUUGUGGCCGACGGCGGCACCAACAGCAACAUCAAGGCCAGCUGCGCCUUCAGCUGGAUCGCCUGGUUCCUGUGGAUCGGCUCCCUCGUCAUCUCUGUCAUGGACUGGCGCAGCGGCAGCCCCGGCCCAGCCCCCACCACCGCGCCACCGGCAGCCGCCAUCCCCAACAGCAGCGUGUCCAUGGUCUGA